UUCACGUCUAACCACACGACUAACAAAAACAGACGAAGAAAAACAUCGUUCUGUCGAAAGGAUGAAGACUUCACGCUCGAAAAACGUGCAGAGAUGGAAGACGUAGGGUUUACCAACAGAUUUAUGUGUAAAUAUACACAAUAUUACACCGAAAUGAUUUGUUAUUGUUAACCCUGCCAUUUGGAACCAGAGCUUUUGUGUUUAUUGAAGCGCGAUGGGAAGCACAUCGUCAAAGUUCCGUAAACAUCUCAGUAAUGGGGACGAGGUAGCAGCCUUGAAUCUCUACAACAGUCAUAGCGAGUUAAGGAAAGCCCUUGAUCCGAACUGUUCCUAUGGUGACUCGCAUCAGCAUGAAACACCUCUUCACUACUCUGCACGACAUGGCAUGAAAAGUUUAUUACGGAUAUUUUUACGGGAACUAGGAGGAAAUCCCAACAAGACAAAUGGACGCAAGGAGACUUGUCUGCACUGUGUGUCUAUGGAGAAGCCCUGUCAUGCCCAGUGUUACCCUGUACUACGCAAGCGAGCGGAGUGUCUGCAGAUGCUUCUCAACUGGAGAGGAGCUACUCUUAAAGAUGGAGAGGUUGAGAAGAUUGACUUAGCUGCUCAGGAUGAGGAUUUGAAUACUGCAUUACAUCAUGCUGCCGCCUCAGGACUGAAGAGAUGUGUUGAGAUGUUGGUAGCUCAUGGCGCUCCAUUGUUCACGGAAAACAAAGAGCAGUUAACACCCUGUGAUUCAGCAGAGAGAUUUGCUCACACUGAAAUAGCUACUUACCUGGAAUCCAAGAUGGUGUUUUCUGAUAAUGAUGCUAAUGAUGUACCUAUAUCAGAAAUGUUACCUGUCGUGGACUCCGAGGAGUACAGUGGCCUAAGAGCCCAAGAUCUCCAGGAGGCCAAGGACCAACUGUUGGUGGAGACAGCCGACAUGCUCAGCGUGCCUCUGUUCACCGCUGACGCCCUGUUACGGAACCACGAAUGGUCCCGUGAGAUGCUCCUGGAGGCAUGGAUGAGCGACCCAUUAGCCUGCUGUGAGAAGUCUGGCGUGACCCCUCCCCCAAGUCUGUUUUCCGACCAACCCCAAGUCCAGGAGUCCCUGACCAGUCCCGUCAGCUCAGAACCUCCCAGUCCUGAUACCAUGUGUGAUAUCUGUACUCAGUCGUUCCUGUUGGAGGAGGAGCCUGUACAUAUGUCCUGUAAACACCAGUUCUGUCGCUGCUGCUGGAAAGAGUACUUGAACCUGAAGAUCCAGGAAGGAGAUGCCCAUCAUAUUACCUGUCCUGGCUUUCAGUGUGGAAAACUUGUUCCUGUAGAAAUCAUAGAGAACAUCGUCUCUCGUGAGAUGGCACGUCGCUACCUACAGUUUGACAUCAAGGCGUUUGUGGACAGUAACCCCAGCAUCAAGUGGUGUCCAUUCCCGGGAUGUGGUCGGGCUGUCCGCCUACCAGAACUGGACGGUAACAACCAGACGCCGCGACAGCUCCCUUCUGACACGUCGCGGGCUGUAGAUUGUGGUAACAAGCAUUACUUCUGUUGGGACUGUGGAGGUGAAGCCCAUGAGCCAUGCAGCUGUGAUAACUGGACCAAGUGGUAUAAGAAAAUAGCAGAGGUCAAACCCGAACAAAUGGAUGGUACAGAAAGGGACACAGAGUCGGCAGCUAACUGUCUGUGGCUGGUCACAAACUCCAAGCCUUGUCCCAACUGUAAAUCUCCUAUUCAGAAAAAUGAGGGUUGCAACCACAUGAAGUGUUCCAAGUGUAAAUUUGACUUUUGCUGGGUGUGUUUGGAUCAAUGGAAGCGACACAAUUCAAGUACAGGAGGCUAUUUCAAGUGUAACCGAUACGAGGUAUCGAAGAUUGUAGAAGAUAACGCCAACAUGGCCCAGUCAGAUGCAGAGGAGAGGAAUAAGAGAAUGCAGGAACUGAACAAGUUUGUCCAUUACUACACUCGCUUUAAGAACCAUGAGAACAGCUAUAAGUUUGAGGAGCCACUGACCAGUUCUACAAAAACAAAGAUGAUGAAGUUAGCCGAGGCUGUAACAGAUCCAGCAACAGCCAAUGCGGAGACCAAGUUUGUAGAAGAAGCUGUUGAGCAGUUGCUCAAAGCACGACGCGUGCUCAAGUGUUCUUACGCCUAUGGUUACUAUCUCGAUGGACCUGGUUACAAAAAGAUGGUGUUUGAAUUCAUGCAGACCGAGCUGGAGGAAUGUGGCGAAAUUCUAUCCCAGAUGGUAAACAGGCUGUAUUUGAGGACACCUAGGAAGCGUAUUAUAGAACAAGCCCAUGUAGUCCAAAGGAAGCGCCACGAGUUUAUAGUAGCUAUAUCCAAAGGACUGGUUCCUCCAGAGACACCUCCAGCACUCCGAAAACACCGGAGGCGCAGAUAUAGCAUGGACUAUGAAGAUGAGGAACUGCGAAAGGCCAUCUUAGCCUCGAUACAGGAUGUCGACCCAGCCAAUCCAUGGAUAAAGGAUGCGUCUGGUCGCCAUACCAACGUAAUGGCUGUUUUGGACUGGCCUGACAGUGAUGACUCGGAUAGUGACGGACAGACAAGUCAGAGAAAACAAGGUAAAUGUGCACGGGAAGGGUGUAAUAGGUUGGAGGCCAAGAACCCUCGGACAGGAGAAUGGCACCAGUAUUGUAGCCGACAGUGUAUGAAUGCUGUCGCCGUGGAGAGUUCUGACCAGUCAGAGCCUGUCCAGGAGGCUAUACUUGAUGAACAGAUGGAUCUACUCAGAGCCCUGGAGAUGUCCCGUUUACAGUACCUUAGAGACCAGGGUAUAAUUGCAGAUCUAUCCUCUACUACAGCUAGCUUAUUGGACUCCCCUGGAGCAGCUGAGGGUGGCAGCCCCGUCCCUGGGGAAGACAGUGCCCUCCCCUCCCCACAGAAACAGAGUAAGACUCUUCCUGAUAUCGCCCUGCUGCCCAAAUCUCCGAGGGCAAAAGGUAAACAGACAACAGACAAGAAAGGAAAGUCCCCCAAAUGGUCCAAAGAUGAGGGAUCACAGCUAGGAAAACCAAAUAGUAUGACAGCUAUGGAGGAGUUAGACUUUGAGUUACAGAGAGUACUUGAGCUGUCCGCCAUUAGUCCUUCUGAUUUGCCUCCUGAUGCCAAAUUAAUGUUGCCCAAAAGUGCCACACUAACAGCCCCUGUGUCACCCCAACAACCACGUCAAAUGACACCUCAGGAGUCACUUUCUCCCUAUGCUCAACACCGCCGUAAGAAAAGUCAGAGUCGAUUUGAUGAGGCGACAUCCACAGUGGUGAGUCGAGUCCCAAACAAGAGUGUGGAAGACCUACUCCAUGAUGACUGCAGCAUUGGGUGUAGAGCUCCACCACCUUCUCUGUCUACUCUGUCUUCAGAGUCUGACUCACCAAGUGAAUGUAUAGGGACAAUAUCGAAUGUGUACACAAUGCCAAAUCAGUCUGGUCCUACACCGGUCUCACUAGUCCCAUCCCCUAACACCUACCAGCAACACCAGCCGGUCGCUCAUCAACCCCAUCAGAAUCCGGGUUGCUUCGGUAUAAUCAAAGACUUGUCUGUGUCUAACAUCAACACAGGUGAAGCAGAUAAGACACGUGACUUUCAAGGCAAAAAUCUGAGUCUGUUUCGGGACCAAAAGCAGGAGAGGCCAUCAAUUAGGGGCAUAUUGGCGGCUAACACACCAGUUGAAGAUGAGGACAAUGUUUUUGUGCUGGUCAGCCCUGACAAUCUGCAGACCAGUCAACAACAGCCAUGGGCCUACCCUACAAACCUCUUCACAAGUGCUAGUAACAAACACGAAAAUCCCACCGCAGGGGACAGAAGCCAUGACACCAAACCAUCCUGGGAGAUGACUUCCUCGACGUCAAGUCUUAAAGGGGAGACGAAGGUAUUAACAUCACUUUAUGAUCACACAAAAGGUCCACAGGGAUCAGACGACUCUGGAGAAAUGUCCCUUUCCCAGAUGGCAGAAAACCUCGUUCACAUUUCUGCGGAAAUGAAGCGGAUGGUUGAGACCCACAUUACAGAUUCAACAGACUCUAAUCCAGAUUCCUCUGUAGAGGAGGAUGGUGCUACUCCAGAAAGACCUCUGGAGCUAGACUUUGACAAUUUGGAUGAACUUCUGCCCACAAGUACACUGCAGCAGUAUGUGGCCAGCCACAUGGACCAGGACACCCCUGACUCACUGCCUGACCAGUUUGAUUCUUGUGAUACAUAUCAGUUGCAAUCCUUUUUGCAUAAUACAGUUAAUGAGGAAAAGGGGUCAAAACAGCACUUUACAGAUGACAUCGGUGAGGAUGCAAAUGGUUCAAGUCCGCCUCGCUUGUUUUCAGCACGUGCAAAGAAUUCAGAUAAAAUCUUCCUACCGACAGAAACAACAUAUAAUUCACAAAUACAAAGUGCCAAUGAAAAUACAGAUGGAGCUUCAGAAACAGUGUGUGCUCCACUCCAAGUUACUGACAUAGAAACACCAGAAUUUAAUGUGGAACCAAGACCUAGAGUAGGUCCACGGGAAACACUAAUUGAUUUUCGGCCUGGACAAAUAAGCAGCUUUAAUGCUGGUCCUUCUGAACAACGUCAGGGUCAAAUCCAAAGUCACCGGAGUCGGCCGCGGAGGAAAGAAACAGUUUUUGGUGUGGAUGAUGUGGUUACGGCCGCAGAGGGUUCUGCACCAGUUGUAGAACUUGACUUGACUGUGGAAUCUGGUCCGGUGAUCUCGGGUCGGACACGGAGUGGUGAGGAUGACAGUUCACAUGGGGACUCAUUCUUCGUGUGAAAGCUUUAUACACAUAUAAUAUAUUAUAUAUUUAUACUUGAUAUUUAUAAUAACUAUUUUCCACAGGUGAAAUAAAGCAAUAUUUUAAAGUAGUGGGCAAUGAAUUUUAUUAGAACUUAAUUGUUGAAUACAGCUUAGAUACCUGCAUAUAAUGUGUACAUUGACAUCAAAUUUUUGUCAGAUCAUUGACAGUAAACUAUUAUAGUCAGUAUUUGUUCUCAUAAUCACCAUUAUACCUUCGUUUCCCAACACCUACUUUGGAGUAAAAAUGUUGAUAAAAUUAUCAAAUGUCUCAGAAUUAUCAUCUUACUCUCCUAAUAUUCCGCCUUGAUUUGCCAUUUUCAAGUUCCAUCACUUUGUUCACAAUCACUUUUGCAUACAACAUAUUGUUUCUGAUACCUGUGUAUAGAACAGUGCUUUUGAUUGGCUAGUAUUGGUCAACUCAUUGUUUUAGAGAAGCUUGUCAUUACUAACACUUCUGGAAAUUAUUUAACCAGGCAUAAUUUUUAACAGUACAUUAUCAUACUGAGCACUGAAAUUAUUAUUUUUACUUUUUAAAUUUUUGGUUUUUGAAUUAAGAUUUUGUGCAGAAUUUUCUGAUCAGUUACUGGACAGGUACCGGUAAAGAAAAGGUGUUGUAGUUAGGUGCCAAAGGUGGAGAUAUUUAAUUUAUAUGGUAAGAUCAGAUAUUUUUGUUAUUUUAAAGCUUCAUUAUAUUAUAUUAUUUAAAAUUACUGAGUCUGUCAGCAGUUUUUGAUGUAACUAUUUCUUGGGGGCUUUUAACUAUUUUUUUAUUUUUAUUUUGAAAGUUGCUGAGCUUGUAAACUAUUUCUUUGGGAUUUUAUUUUUUUACUGUAAGUUCAUAUGAAAAAUUGUACUUAUUUUAGCAAAAUGGAGCAUAGUAAUAAUUUUAGAUUUAAGGAUUUUCAUGUAACAUUGUUUUGAUUUUAAUUUCUUUAACACACCAUGUACAGUGAUAACACUGCAAGUCAUAGGUAUGUUAGCACAGGUAGAAUUUUACACAGGAAAGGUUGAUUUAUAUAAUUAUGUCUCCUAACUUUCAAAAAAGGUAAUCUUGAUCUUGAUAUUUGUCUGCUAAGCUAUGUGUAUAAAAGUGGAUGUCCCUGUAUAACGAUACAAUUUCCUCCAAAUGUAAAACUUUUCUUCCAUCACCAAUAUCAAUGAUGGUGCUAAUUUUUGGAUGCGAUAUUACAAAAUGUACACCCUAGCCAACCACUAAGAUACUUGGCUACAUUAUGUUUAAUAUUUGAUACCUAACAGUUGCUCAGACAAUGGUUUUGAUUUUGUCCAUUUCAUCAUGAAUGUAGGAAUAAAAUUAUACUCUUUUAUUUUUUUGCUUAGGUUUAUAUGUCGUCCUGCUGUGGUUUUAGAUGAGGUUUGUUUGUUCCAAAAUUAUCGGUGUGGUAGGAGUGAGAGGCUUCUCCACCCCCCAUCAAAUAUUAAAAUAUAUUUAGUAUAAGAAAUACUAUAAAAAUGGAACUUUAUCCCCACCAACCAUCAUUAAUACAAGUGCCUCUCACACUUCCCACAAAGGCAAUUCUGAAACAUUAAAUCUAUUAAAUUAUUAAAAACAAGAUACAGUUGCUAUGUACAGUUACCUGUUACAUACACCUACUUGUUACAUACACCUACUAGGUACAUACAGUUACUAAAUACAUACAGAUACUACAUACAGAUACUACAUACAGUUACUGAAUACAUACAGUUACACAUUUAUAACUAUAUACAUAUAUUAGCUGUAUGUAUCUUGGUUUUGAGUAUGAUAAUUACCUACAUGUUUUACAGUAAUGUAUACACCAUAGGUCACUUAUAAUAUUGACACACUCUGGCAGUCGAGUUUUAUUGACUAGACGUCAUCUGAAGAGAAUCACCUAAUCUGUGUUUAACGGAGAUGCUACUCUAAAUCUUGGCUCUUUUUCUCCUGUGGAAAUAUAUUUAUUUUACUGCUAUGAAUUUUAAAUGCUUGAAUCAUUCAUCAUGAUAUAUGAUAAUGUACAUGUUAUGUUGUAUCAAUCCAGGACUAUGCGAAAGUUGAAAACAAAAUCAAUGAAAGUUGUACACUAAUGACAAAGACUCACGCAGGACGAGGAUGUGUAUUCAAUAAAAGUGGUAAUUUUGGCAACAAAAAUAUUCAUCAAACUGGAAUGUGCAGUCUUAAUACUUUAAAUGGAAGUUUUCCUAUGUAAACUUAUUGCUAUCUUUGUGAAGUCAAGCAUUGUAUAUCUGAAACUUUUUCAGGAGUACAGGUAUAUAUAUAUAUAUGGGGCAAAGAAGUAAUUCUAACAGUGUGGACACGAGAAACAUCAAAUUUUCGAGACAAUCCGCCCCUUUAUCAAGACACAGAGAAUACAAAUACAAUCACAUGAUGUAUAAACAGUACUCGAAAAUACAAUAAGAUACAGAAAGAGUAGUAUUUUUGGUAGUAGUUGAAAUAACAACCAUAAACCCUUCGGCUGGCGUGGGCCGAAGGCUGUGGCUUACAUGACAUGACGUAUAAAGCCAUGUUCUAUGAUUGAAGGCUUUGUGAGCAACGGCCAAGACAUUUGAAAGUAUCCGAGGCGUGCAAAUGCCGAAGUGUUAAUGGACAUUUAUUUUGAAAUUCUACUUGACAUACAGGAUUGUAACUAAUAAUAAUAAGCGCAGAGUUCACUAACAAAAACACAAAAGUGAUGUGUUUAAUCAAAACCAUGUGCAGGGAAAAUGGUCCAUGUUAAAGCAAAAAAUUGUUCUUUUAUUCAUUUACAUAUACAUGCAUUUAUCUCGAGACAACUAUCCGGAGUCUUGCAGUUAAAAGUCAGAAUAUCAUAUUGGCAGAUCAGUGCAGUAAAAAAGUUUUUAGAUGUUUCACACAUCUUCUUUUCCUGAAAAAAAUGUGGGGAUGCGCUCAUAAUUGUAUAUGUGGCAGAUGUGCUUAUCAGGUCAAAUACAUCUACUUCACAUUUUAAGUGAUAAAUACACAUCAUUUUAAGAAACUUGACCAUUUCAAAGUUUAUGGUGAAGCUGUUAUUUAAGGUCCUGUCCUUAAUAUAUUGGUUAAUUUGAACUUUGCAUAGUCCUGUAGUAUAAUAAUGAUAGAUUAUGUAAUCAUGUUUAAUUACCAUCGUCUUUGUCAUACAGUUGUUUUGCCUUUUACCGACCGAGUAGUUUUUGUCCCUCGCCUAUCACUUGGAGUGGAUAUAACUCUAUUGAUGGGAGUAGAUAUAACUAUUGAUGGGAAUUGACUAUUUUCAGGUGUCCGUUGUCUGUCUCAGAAAAUUACUAUCAACAAACUGUAAAGUACAUAUUUUAUAAGUAUAGAUUACAUUAUCUUUGUACUAUUUCUGCAGAAAAUAUGAGAAUGCACUUCUUAUUGCGCUAAUGUGCUGUAAUUUGAAAAUUUGAGUACACCAAAAUUUAUACAUUUACAGUAUGUCAAAUUGCUUUGUGGCUGAUAAUAGGUAUAUCAUCACGUUUAGAGCCAGUUAAAUAACAUCCUUGUUUGUGGAAACCCUCGGCAGCUGGGGAUUUCUGUUUCAUCUAGAUCUCUUGUUGAACCUUCAGCAGUGUUACGCUGUGGCAUUUUUAGAAAUCUUGUACUUUAUCAUUCAUAAUGUUAAAUUUGUCUUAGGUUGUUGAUUUUUUUUCUGAUUUUACUCGGUGAUAAUGACAGCUUUUUUAAAUCAGAGUCUAAUCUGGACAAAUAUCCUUGAUGUAUUUAGGGUCCAAUUAAUAAUGUCUGUUUUUAUUUCCUAUCUCUGUUGGAUAGUUUCACUGUCCUUGGUAUUUAACUGAACUUUGGUUCUCUGUGAUAAUUCUUGACCGAGAAAGUUGGUUUUACCACAAAUGAAAUUCAGUAUAUUGUUUUAGGUUUAUGUGCAAAUUAUAUUUAUAUAUGGAUAUGUUUGCAAAUAUUAAAUAUAAUAACAUUUAGGUAUAUGUGCAAAAAUGUGUAAAUGUUUAGUUAUAUAUGAUCAAAUACUUCCAUUUGUGAACUGUCAUUAUCAAGAACAUGCUGUGUGAUCAAAUUCUCCGCCAGAAAAACUUUCAUUAUCAGAACAUCAGAACAUCUGUGUGAUCAAAUUCUUUGUAAGUGGAACGUUAACUGUCAUUAUCAGAACAUAUGUUGUGUAAUCAAAUCCUCCAUCAGUAAAUCUCUCAUUGUUAGAACUCUGUCAAUAAGAUUCUCAUUAUCAGAACAUUUAGAUUAUUCUGUAUAAUCAAAUUCUCCAUCAUUAUUAGGACAUCAGACCAUUCUGUAUGAUCAAAUUUUCCGUCAGAAGAUUUCUCAUUAUUAGAACAUAUGAACAUUCUUUAUGAUCAAACUAUCCUUCAGUAAAAUCCUUGUUAUCAAAACAUUCUGGAUGAUAAAAUUCUUUGUCAAUAAAACGCAUUCUAAGAACAUCAGAACAUUCUGUAUGAAAACUUUCCCAGUUGGUAAAAUUCUCAUUAUCAAAACAUCAGAACAUUCUGUAUGAUCAAAUUCUCUGUCAGUGAAACUUUCAUUAUCAGAACAUGUUUUCGUAUAUGCCUGCCGUUUCCAGAAAUUAAUGCUGUACUUUAGUUAAACUUUCAUUAUCUAUGAGUGUAACUAACAUUGUAGCUACCCUCUUUUUAUCGCAACUGUUCCAUCACAAUUAGAAAAACCAUGACAACCAGAAAAACUUGUGAAAAGGAUUGUAAAGUUUUAUGUUACCAAUCAAUUCAAUGAAUUGUGUAAAAUUUAUUUAGUGUUUUCAUUUUAAGACAAAGGUUUAUUAUUGAUAUUAUAUUAUCAGAUUGGCAAUUUUCCAGGCAUAAAAUGCUAUAUAACACAGUUAAAUGUGAUUGUUGACAAAACAACAGAAUAAUGUUGUGACAAAUGUGUCUCUGUGAUCGGAGUUCUGGGGAAUGUAUUAUGUGUCUGUCGUAUAAUGUUAUGUAAGUUGUGUAUGACUAAAUCUGGACUUAAAGGUUUUCUGCUUAUCUGGUUUUGUUGUGUUAUGUUUAACUUAUUAUAAUGUCUAUAAAUAUAAAUAUAUAUAAAAAAAAUCAAAUAAAACUUAACAACAAACUUUCUAGUGCUUCCACAGUUAUUGCUGCUCCUGCGGACAGUGUAUUUUUGAAAGGACAAGUUAUGAAAGUACGAGAAAGUUUGUCGUUAAGUUUUUUUUUGUACAUAUAUAUAUAUAUCCAACUCUACAUGGACACAAACUUUUUUCUCGCUCUAUAUAUAUAUAGUUUUGGUUAAGUGAGUACAUAGUAAGUCUAUGAAGUCAUAACCUGAUUCUACAGCGACAUCACAAAAUUAUAAAUUUGUAAAUCAAAGAUGGCCAAACUUUUUAACUUGUGCUGAAAUUCUUGGUAUUGAAAACACAAUGGAUUUUGUCUUGGGCAGGAAAAUUAAAUCAUCACUGGUCCUUCAGACAAGUUUGGGUUUUUAAGUACAUGUCCAAAAAUGAGAGUCUAGGUCAACUGAAUUAGUAGUAUCUUGAAUAACUUUAAGGAAAGGGUAAAAAUUACAAAAAAAAUUUGCACUUGCUAAUUGGGCAUGUAGUCACCAGAUACUUUGGCCCUUGGGGACUUCGGACCUAGGAUUUUUCUUGACCUGUUGUUCCUCAUGAUUAGGCUCUUUAAAAAUUGAAAGUUAGUUUUGUAUAAAAAUUACUAAUAAGAUUUAAAAGUACGAUUCAUAUAAUUUUUUAUCAAAGAAACUAGAUUGGUGUAUUGAAGUAAAGCUUUAAUAAAAAGGACAAUGGUAUUGUUGAAUAAAGUGACUCCCGAGUCUUGGUGUUGUUUGUAAGUGACUCCAGGGUCUAAUGUUGUGUGUAAGUGACUCCAGGGUAUUUUGUUUUGUGAAAAUGUAGCUCCUGAGUUCACAGGGCCAAGUGUUGUCUGUGGUGUGGAAUACAGAUUUUAAUAUUAAUAUGUGGUAUUGUUUCCAUGAUCUGAGGUUGUGUUUCAGUGACUCGCUGGCCUAUUGUUGUGUGUAAGGUACUCCCAGAGGGCCUAGUGUUAUGUGAAAAUGUAUCUCCUGUUUGCCCAGUGACUAUUGUUCUGUGAAAGAAACUCAAGGGUCUAGUGUUGUGUGUAAGUGACUCCAGGGUCUAGUGUUGUGUGUAAAUGACUCCAGGGUCUAGUGUUGUGUGUAAGUGACUCCAGGGUCUAGUGUUGUGUGUAAAUGACUCCAGGGUCUAGUGUUGUGUGUAAGUGACUCCAGGGUCUAGUGUUGUGUGUAAGUGACUCCAGGGUCUAGUGUUGUGUGUAAAUGACUCCAGGGUCUAGUGUUGUGUGUAAGUGACUCCAGGGUCUAGUGUUGUGUGUAAGUGACUCCAGGGUCUAGUGUUGUGUGUAAGUGACUCCAGGGUCUGGUGUUGUGUGUAAGUGACUCCAGGGUCUGGUGUUGUGUGUAAGUGACUCCAGGGUCUGGUGCUUUGUGUAAGUGACUCCAGGGUCUAGUGUUGUGUGUAAGUGACUCCAGGGUCUAGUGUUGUGUGUAAGUGACUCCAGGGUCUAGUGUUGUGUGUAAGUGACUCCAGGGUCUGGUGUUGUGUGUAAGUGACUCCAGGGUCUGGUGUUGUGUGUAAGUGACUCCAGGGUCUGGUGUUGUGUGUAAGUGACUCCAGGGUCUGGUGUUGUAAGUGACUCCAGGGUCUGGUGUUGUAAGUGACUCCAGGGUCUAAUGUUGUGUGUAAGUGACUCCAGGGUCUAGUGUUGUGUGUAAGUGACCCCAGGGUCUAGUGUUGUGUGUAAGUGACUCCAGGGUCUAGUGUUGUGUGUAAGUGACUCCAGGGUCUGGUGUUGUGUGUAAGUGACUCCAGGGUCUAGUGUUGUGUGUAAGUGACUCCAGGGUCUGGUGUUGUGUGUAAGACACUCCAGGGUCUAGUGUUGUGUGUAAGUGACUCCAGGGUCUAGUGUUGUGUGUAAGUGACUCCAGGGUCUGGUGUUGUAAGUGACUCCAGGGUCUGGUGUUGUGUGUAAGUGACUCCAGGGUCUGGUGUUGUGUGUAAGUGACUCCAGGGUCUGGUGUUGUGUGAAAGUGACUCCAGGGUCUAGUGUUGUGUGUAAGUGACUCCAGGGUCUAGUGUUGUGUGUAAGUGACUCCAGGGUCUGGUAUUGUGUGUAAGUGACUCCAGGGUCUUGUGUUGUGUGUAAGUGACUCCAGGGUCUAGUGUUGUGUGUAAAUGACUCAAGGGUCUGGUGUUGUGUGUAAGUGACUCCAGGGUCUAGUGUUGUGUGUAAAUGACUCCAGGGUCAGGUGUUGUAAGUGACUCCAGGGUCUAGUGUUGUGUGUAAGUGACUCCAGGGUCUAGUGUUGUGUGUAAGUGACUUCAGGGUCUAGUGUUGUGUGUAAGACACUCCAGGGUUUAGUGUUGUGUGUAAGUGACUCCAGGGUCUGGUGUUGUGUGUAAGUGACUCCAGGGUCUAGUGUUGUGUGUAAGUGACUCCAGGGUCUAGUGUUGUAAGUGAAUCCAGGGUCUGGUGUUGUAAGUGAAUCUACAGUCUAGUGUUGGUGACCCAGGUCCUUUUUAAUUUGUUGUGUACAAAUGUGUCUGUUGUGUUGCCAGAUUCUAGUGGUGGGUGUUCGUAACACACAACCUUGACUGUAAUGUGUAUCUGUUACUCCAGGCUCUAGUGUUACCGCUUUCUAGAGAACAUUUUAAUACAGUAUACGUGGGUGAGAUUAUAUAAAUAUGUUGUGAUAGUGACAGCUUGUAAUGCUAGUAUUGUAAUCAUUAUUUGAUAUUUGUUGUUCCAUAUUUGAGUAUAUUACUAUUAUCAUAAGAUUUGAAGGGAAAAGUUUGAAUAAAAGGGAAAAAAUCAUGAAAAUUGCCAAUCUUAUGGUUUUUAAAAAUGUUUCAUGAUCAUUUUCAAUAGACUUUUCUAUUUAAUUGUUUAUUUCAAUAUCCACUGAUGUGAUAACACACAAGAACAAAUUAGUUGAUACUUUAUAACAGGGUAAUGUAAUUUAGCCUAAUGCUGUAUUUUUUUUUUCUGAAGCCGAUGUCAUAACUUCAAAUAAAAUCUGGUCAUUUUGAUUUUCCUUGCUUGAUUUGUCAUUGGCCAAAAUAUACAGAAGGCAUGUUAAAAGUGUUGUGAAAUGCUCAAUCAGUUGUUUUCAAUAGUCAUAGUUGAGCAGGAUAUCAAAGUAAGAAACAGAUGUGCUGUUUAUAGAAUAUUUUUGUUACUGCGAAUAUUUUUUUGAGGGGACUCCAAGAGAUUACAUCCAGCUUUUAUUGGCUCACCUGACCGAAAGUUAACUGAGCUUAUGCCGUGGUGUGGUAUCCAUCCGUUUCUUCUCAAAACUGAAGAUCACAGAAUUAAGAUACUUGGCUAGUAAGUUUUUGGUAUGAAGACCAAAAAAGGAAGGACCUUGACCCAUAUUCAAGCUCACCCGGGUCAAAAUUGUUGAAACGAUUAAAAUAACUUCUUUUCAGUUAUUAAAUAUCAUAAAAUGAAGAUAUUUAGCUUGCAGUUUCCUGAUAUGAACUUCGACAAAUUUUUGGUAAAGAAAUGACCUUGACCAAAGAUUCAAGGUCACAGAUGUCAAAGCUGUUGAUUCACUUCAACAACUUCUAAAUAACUUCUGAUUAAGCAAAGUCCCGCAAUUGUAAUUUUUAGCUAUAGGUUGUGGGGUAUAAAGCCAAACAUAUUUAGAUUCUCCUGGUUUACUAAAAGGCCUAAAAUCUAGACGUUUAACUACUUUCUUCCUGGGAUGGAAUCUCUUGUAUAGUUUGUGAAAUAGAAACGACCUUGACCGCUGCUCGAUGCCAUCUUAGCUUAAUCACCAAAACAUCUUUUGAUUAUCUUAAAUGCCUUGAAUCAUUAAAGUAGUGAAUAACAGGUGAACGAUGAAGGCCCUUUGGGCCUUAUUUUAUUCAAGUUUUCAUUAUUCUUUGAGUGAAAACACAAAGGGCUUGCCUUGAGAUUCAAAAUGAUGAACCUGAUUUAGUUUUUUUUCUGAACAUAGCACUUUAUUACAGAAUACAAAGAUACCAGUUAUGGAGUCAAAAUAGGGCUGAAUAUUACGAGAAAGAAUUUUUACGUAACGUGUAAUAACUUGCUUUACCACUUGGAUCACUACUGUAUAGUGAGAGUUUGUGGGGUGAUAUAAGACAGAACACUAGUUAUCCUGAGAUGUUGAUACUUCUUAUUGUAAAGUGAUGAAUACAUGUAUGUGGACUUCGUUAACACUAUGAUUAACAUUGCUGUUUUCAACAUCUAUUUUUAGCAAUAAAUUCGGUUUGUGUUUA